AAAUGUGUCCAAAUUAAUGGAACCUUGAAGAAUUAUUAAUAGCCAGGGUAAUGGCUCCUUUGCUAUAAAGACACUGUUAGGUUGGGUAGUGAAUGGACCUUUCCAUGGUGAGGAUACAUGGAUUAAUAAAAGAGGUCAGAGAUAUGUUCAUGCGCAUCGGAUUUCUGUUGAAAAUUUAAAUGAUCUUUUGAUUCAACAAUAUAAUUAUGAUUUUCCAGAAAAGCAUGCUGAAGAAAAGGAGAUGUCAUUGGAAGACCGUAGAUUCAUGCAGGUAAUGGACAGCUCUGCUGAGAUGGUGGAUGGACGUUAUCGGUUGCCAUUCAAAAGGGAUCAUCCUAUGAUGCCAAACAAUCGCCACCUGGCAGAGCAACGAAUACUGUCUUUAAAAAGGAAGUUUCAAAGCAACAGUGAUUUUCACAAAGAGUACAGUGCGUUCAUGGAAACAGUCGUAUCACGUGGACAUGCUGAACUUGUACCACGAGAUCAGCUGAAACAAGAGAAUGGAAAGGUAUGGUACGUUCCACAUCACGGCGUGUUUCACCCAAAGAAGGAAAGCUUGCGUGUAGUAUUAUCAGGGGGUGUCACUGAACACUGAGCUCAUUCCAGGUCCAAACCUUACGAACACUUGGAGUCCGCUUCGUCCAGGUAAAACUGCCAUCAUGGCUGAUGUGGAAAAGAUGUUCCAUCAAGUUAAGGUCCCACCUCAUCAUGUGAAUUUCCUGCGCUUUCUUUGGUGGCCAGCUGGCAACAUCAAUCAGCCGCUGAACGAAUAUAGGAUGGUCGUACAUCUUUUUGGUGCAACGUCAUCAUCUAGCUGUGCUUUAAAGAGGACAGCUGAGGAUAACACAGGAGCUUCUCAGCGGAGGCAGCUAACACAGUUAAGAACAGUUUCUAUGUGGAUGACCUGUUGAAAGCUGUAGACACAGAAAACCAUGCCAUUAGACUCUGCGAGGAACUGAAGUCACUCUGUGCAUCUGGAGGCUUUAAGCUGAGCAAAUGGAUGAGUAAUAACAGGGUUCAGACCUCUAUUCCAGAGUCUGAAAGGGCCAAGGACAUUUGCCACUUGAACGAGCACUAGGUGUGCAGUGGAGUGCUGAGGAAGAUGCUCUCAUGUUCCAGGUGACUACAGAGGAACGUCCGUGCAGUAGACGUGGGAUGCUGUCCGUGGUUAGCUCUAUAUAUGACACACUUGGAUUCCUCGCACCUCUCCGGGAAAACGCAUCUUACAGUUAAAGUUUUGGUGAGGUUGUGUGCUGGAAUAUCUGGCAACACCGGAGCAGCAGCAUCUGAUCUCUUCAGCACUGCUCGAGGCCAGCUCCUUGAUUCCGCAGACAACGGUAAUUCAGUGAAAUCACUCUUUAAGAUGGACGGCUGCGCGCAGAUCUGCAGAUGUUUCCUGAUCCUCUUCAACACUCUGUUCGCUCUGGUGGGCUUCGGUCUGGUGGCUCUGGGAAUGUGGCUCCGGUUCGGCGCAGAGACCCGAGGCUUCUUCGACAUCGAUCUGAACACGGCUCAGUUCAACAUCGGAGUGAUCGUGCUGGUGGUCACCGGGGUCCUGAUGCUGGUGAUGGCCGUGAUCGGUCACUGCGGCGCCUGUAAUAACAGCAGAUCAGCUCUCGGUGUGUCUUCAGGCCUGCUGUCCAUUCUGAUCAUCAUGCAAAUCGCAGCUGGUGUGAUGGCUUUUGUGCGGAGCGCCCAGGUGUCAAUCGAGUUGGUGGGCUUCUAUAUCAGCAUCUACUUACAGUAUCUCAACACCAGGAGCCCCGCUCAAGCCGUCACCCUCAAAUUAUUCAACAAUGCUUUCCACUGCUGUGGCUUCAAUGAAACGAUUGAGGUGUUUGUGCGUCACACCUGUCCAGGCGGCAGCUUCCUGAAGCAGAUCUCGUAUUCCAGCUGUCCCGGCGUGAUCAGCGACGUCUUCGAGGCUCACGCUCCGCUGGUGCUGGGAGGGUUUCUGGGGAUAGCAGGAGUCACGAUGCUGGUGCUGGUGUGCAGCUGUGUCCUCCGAAGACAUGUCUCAGUGUCUCACAAGUCUCCUCCUCCAUACAUACUCCUCGGCUCCACGCUGUCAUCCGUCAAGAUGAUAUAACCCUCUCAAUUCAAUUGAAUUCAGGUGUGCUUUAUUGGCAUGACAAAAACUAUGCAGUUGUAUUGCCAAAGCAAUAAAUAAAUAAACCUC